CGAAGGUUAUAAAGCAAUGGUGGUGGUGAUAGAUCGUCAGUUUGCAAAAUGGCUCGGUUGGUGGUCUGUGUGCUCCUGUGUGUAGCUGCCUUCGUGCAGGCUGGUCAUGAGAAAUAUGAAGGUCACCAGCUGUACCGUGUAUCCGGUCUUGGUGAUCAGAUCGCAGAACUCGAGGCUAAUUUAGACAUUCUAUCAACAAAACCCGGAUCAAAGACUGCCUCUGGUAAACUUGAAGCCGUCGUAAGACUGUCUCCUGAAGAGAAAGAGCAAUGGCUGCAGUACUUCGACGAAAGGAACAUGGCGUAUUUCAAGAUGGCUGACAAUCUGGCUGAUAUCCUUCGUGAAGAAGAAUCUCAGGUCCAAGUCUCAAGAGCGGCCGCUAAGCGCAGUGGAAAGUCGAUUGGUUUCGAAACUUACUACAGACAUGAUGAGAUCAACGACUACUUGGAUGAGUUAGCAGCCACCUACCCCGACCUCGUAACAGUUAUCAACGCCGGUCUCAGCUACGAAGGUCGCCAGAUCAAGCUCGUGCGCAUCUCGUCGACCCGUUUCGAGAACCUCAUGAAGCCAGUCAUCGUCAUCGACGCUAUGGUCCACGCCAGGGAAUGGGUCACUACUCCUGUCGCUAUCUACAUCAUCAACCAACUCGUCACUGAAGUCGCCGACAGCCCCCUCACUCAGGACAUUGACUGGAUCAUCAUCCCUCUGGCUAACCCUGACGGCUACGAAUACACCUUCGAAGAGGACCGUCUCUGGCGUAAGACUCGCUCCAAAUCCCACCCUGGAGCUGAAGAAUGCCCUGGAGUAGACGGCAACCGCAACUUCGACCACUACUUUGGCACCAGCAAUGCUAGCAGCAACCCUUGCUCCAUCAUCUAUGAAGGACCUCACGCCUUCUCCGAGCCUGAAAUCAGGAUCAUCCAAGAUGCCGUACUCUCCAACCUGCAGAGAACCUCGCUCUACAUAUCUCUUCACAGCUAUGGCAAUAUGUUCCUGUAUGCUUGGGGCAACAACGGAACUUUACCUCAAAACGGUUUGAUCCUCCACCUCGCUGGUGUCAGAAUGGCGGCUGAGAUCGACAAGCUGGCUCUCGACAAAGCCAAAAGGUACGUCGUGGGUAACGCUGCAAACGUCCUCUACUACACCACCGGUACUUCUCGAGACUGGACUAAGGCAGUGGGCAUCCCCCUCACAUACACUCUUGAGCUUCCCGGCUACGAUUACGACUUCGUCGUGCCCCCGUCUUACAUCAAACAGAUUGUUACUGAGACCUGGGCUGGUAUUGCCGAAGGUGCCAACUACGUACUGAGUAUUUGGUAAUAAUGUACCUUAGGAUAUUUAUUCCGUUUAAUUGUAAGUAGUAAAUAAAGAACUGUGUCACA